GACCGAACAUUAGAAUUUAGAAAGGUGGGAAAAUAUUAAAAAAAAAAAAGGAAAAGAGCGAGAGAGAUAGAGAGGGCGCGAGACGUUGCAGAAACAACAAAGGUUGCAGGAACAACAGCGACGUUACGACGCCGCAUAGAUCUUCACGACCCAGUACCACCUCCGGUCGUCCCUUCAACUACAGCCGCUAUGGCGAUCAUGGCGCAGAAGAAUUCAAUUUUGCAAUGCGGGAAUGAGCUAAUUUACACGUUGAUUUGUUAGUGCCUUCUGGUCUUAAAUUUGCGGAAAUGGAAUCGUUGAUCGAGCUGUGUGACUUAAUUGCUGAAAAACCCGAGCAAUUCGCUGACAAGUUGGUCUGGAUAUGCGGCCGGUGUCCUUCGGCGGAGGCUCUCCUUACCGGAUCUCCUAGGGUUUCGAGAUCUCAGCUCAAUGCCGUCCUGGCAGUGGCUCGUUUCCUCUCCAAAUGCCCAAAUUACGACGAUCAACGGCCUAAAUCCCUCCUCCUUGCCUUCUAUCGCGCAAUUCCAUCCUCUUUCACCCCUUCUUUCUGGCCCCAAUCAUUUGGCAAUGACGCGAUUGCCUCCUUCUUUAACGACUACUUUGCUUAUAUGUGUAGAGCUGCGGAGUCAGCCUCUGAUUUUGCAACUGACAUUGCUGGCUUCACUGGAGAAAUUGUGAUCUCUGCCACAGGCAAUGUCUCUGGGGAUUUGGGGAUUUCCAGGGUUUUCUUGAACGCCUUGGCCUUGAAUUUCCCGCCCAUUCUUUCGUCUGAUGCUAACAGGUUAGUUUCGUGUCUUCUUGAACGGCUUGAAAUCAUGGUUCCCAAUUCACCGAGGGAGCUUAUUUCUUCCGAGGCUGCUUCAAGUCAGAGUUCACCCUUGAGUUUGAACCAUUUUCCAUAUCACUCUAAUGAGAGGGCAAGUCCAGGGAAUGAGGUGAGUAAUGCCUCCGGAUCAUCUGGCAGCGUUGCUGAUGAUGCGUCGUCAUCAAAGGGAAUUGUGACCAAUGGGGGCAGCGCUGGCUGGAAGAGCAAUGUGGAUAUCUUGAACGUAAGCACAGGGCUAAAUGAUGGCGGUGGAGGCAAGGGAAUUCUUAUAUCUUUUGAGCAAGAGUCCUUGGAGAACCUUGAAAAACAGGAAAUUGCUUUUAAAUUGAUAAGGCAUAUAUUGGAUAAGGCCACGGUUGAUUCCAAGCUUUUGGAACAAGUGAGACUUGUCACAAAGGAACAACUCCAAUCAAUGUUAGCAUUUUUAAAGAUAAGAAAGCGUGACUGGUCUGAACAAGGGCAUUUAUUGAAAGCAAGAGUCAGUACCAAGCUAUCUGUUUACCAAGCAGUGGCUAAGUUACAGAUUAAGAUUCUUGCAUCUGUUGACCUUGACGGAAAGUCAUCAAAGAGGUUCUUGCAUGGAACUCUUGCAUUGUUGAUAGAGGCUGCUGAGGCAUGUUUAUUUUCAGUGUGGCGGAAGUUGAGGAUUUGCGAGGAGCUAUUUGGCUCUUUACUCGGUGGAAUUUCCCAAGCUGCUGUUGCACGUGGUGGCCAGCUGUUGCGAGUUUUGCUUAUUCGUUUCAAGCCCCUAGUGCUGACUACUUGUAUUCAGGCUGACACUUGGGGCAGCAGCCAGGGUGCAAUGUUUCAGAGUGUCUUGAAAGCAACUUGUGAAAUAAUUGAAUAUGGAUGGAUCAAGGAACGGCCGCCUGUGGAUACUUUUAUAAUGGGAUUAGCUACUAGCUUUCGUGAACGUAAAGAUUAUGAAGAAGAGCUUCAGCAAUCGCAUGAUGCAAAAGAUAAGCAGGCAGCUUCUGCUGGGCAACUUAACAUGAUUCGCUUGCUUGCGGAUUUAAAUGUUUCUGUUAACAAGCCUGAAGUGGUUGACUUGAUAUUACCACUAUUUAUUGAAAGUUUAGAAGAGGGAGAUGCCUCGGCCCCAGGCCUACUGAGACUCCAGCUUCUUGAUGCUGUUUCUCGCCUGGCGAGUUUAGGUUUUGAGAAAUCUUAUCGUGAAGCUGUUGUUCUAUUGAUCCGAAGCUACUUAAGUAAACUCUCUGCUGUUGGCUCUGCUGAAAGUAAAACUGUGGCACCAGAAGCCACGAUAGAACGUGUUGAGACUCUUCCUGCAGGAUUUCUUGUGAUUGCUGGUGGCCUAACUGAUACCAAAUUGAGGUCAGAUUUUCGUCAUCGUCUGCUAUCUUUGUGUUCAGAUGUAGGCUUAGCUGCUGAAUCCAAAAGUGGAAGGAGUGGAGCAGAUUUUCUCGGUCCUCUACUCCCUGCUGUGGCUGAAAUAUGCUCGGAUUUUGAUCCUACUAUAGAUGUGGAACCUUCACUCUUAAAAUUAUUUCGCAAUUUGUGGUUCUAUAUAGCUCUUUUUGGGCUAGCUCCUCCAAUACAAAAAGGUCAGGUGACGACAAAGUCAGUGUCCACUUCUCUAAAUAGUGUAGGUAGCAUGGGUGUAAUUGCAGUCCAGGCUGUUGGUGGACCGUACAUGUGGAAUGCUCAGUGGGCUUCUGCAGUUCAGCGCAUCUCUCAAGGGACUCCACCCCUAGUUGUUAGCUCUGUAAAAUGGCUUGAAGAUGAGUUGGAACUUAAUGCUCUUCAUAACCCGGGUAGCCGGCGAGGUAGUGGCAAUGAAAAAGCUGCUGUAAGCCAAAGAUCUGCUCUUUCAGCUGCUUUAGGCAGGCGCGUGGAGGUUUCGGGAAUGGGCACAAUCUCAGGUGUCAAGGCAACUUAUCUUUUAGCUGUAGCGUUUCUAGAGAUAAUCAGAUUCAGUAGUAAUGGUGGCAUGCUCAAUGGUAGCCCUAAUUCAACGGCUUCUCGAAGUGCCUUCAGCUGUGUCUUUGAGUAUUUGAAAAGUCCAAAUCUCAUGCCAGCUGUCUCUCAGUGCUUGACAGCAAUUGUUCACCGGGCCUUUGAAACAGCAAUACUUUGGCUGGAUGAACGGGCUUCUGAGACUGGUCAUGAUGCUGAGAGUAGAGAAUCUGCCCUUUCCAUCCAUGCAUGUUUUCUUAUAAAAAAUUUGUCUCAGAGGGACGAGCAUAUUCGUGAUAUUUCAGUAACUUUAUUGAAUCAACUCAGAGAUAAGUUUCCGCAGAUUUUGUGGAAUUCUUCUUGUUUGGAUUCCCUACUUUUUUCUAUCCACAAUGAUCUGCCAUCAGCUGCCGUUCACGACCCUGCUUGGGUUGCUACUGUCCGUUCUUUAUACCAGAAAAUUGUUCGCGAGUGGAUAGUUAUUUCACUCUCAUAUGCGCCAUGCACGAGUCAGGGCCUUCUUCAGAGUGGAAAUCUGGGUCUUCGUGCACUUUGGCUCAUUCUGCAUUUUGCCGUCACCAUAUGGUACUUUCUGCUGGGAGUAGUGCAGUCUUUUGAGAGCUUUCUCAUUGCUAGUGAUAUAUUGACGAAAUAUGAAGCCCUUGAUAUCAGCAAGGUUCGUUAUUUGGCAAUGGUAAUAGACAGUGAAGAAGCUCAAGAACUUUCAAAAGUUUUGGAGUUAUUGCAGUGGGUUGCAGAUAUUGGUGUGAAAAGUGUCUGCCUUUAUGAUCCAGAAGGUGUGUUGAAAAAGAACAAGGAACCUAUCAUGCAAAGAUUCAGCAGUGCAAACUUGUCUGAGGAGGCUGCUGUUAAUGGUCGGCUUGUUACCCGCAGAAAUCUGACUUUGGAGUUUGUUUCAUUUGAGGAUGGAAAAGAAGCAGUUGCCAAAGCAGCUAAUUAUCUCUUUGUAAAGCACUAUGCAAAUGGUACUAAGGAAAAGUCAGAUUUUACAGAGCCUCAAAUGGCUGAAGCUUUAGGAGCCAUUGGUUCUGGAGGAGCUGAUCCUGAUCUGCUACUAAUUUAUGGACCCACAAGAUGCCAUCUUGGGUUUCCAGCAUGGAGACUUCGGUACACUGAAAUAGUACAUAUGGGGCCAUUGAAGUCUAUGAGUUAUGGUUCCCUUGUUAAAGCCAUUUUCAAGUACACUAUGGUGCAUCAAAAUUAUGAAACAACUGAUGCUCUGGUCGCUGUGCCUUCAUGUGGUCAAAAGUUUGAAACAAGUUUCCAUCCCCCUCCUUUUGGGAUCAAGGAAAACUAUCAUGUUAUUCAUCUCCAUUUCCAUCUUUUUACCUUAUUUGGCGAGUUUAAUCUAAUGAAAAAUGGUUCAUAAGCAAUUUCAUCCGCAGUGACGUCAUCUUGUGGGACGAGCAAAGUUCGGAAGAUGGACCUGACAGACGCUGCUAGUAUGGUUUGCAUUUUAUUGAGAAUGUUCUUCUUUGAUUGUAGGACCAAAGUUAAAAGGUAUCUAUUGGCUUGUAUGCCCAAUUGAUUGACCUUUUCGUAAACUCAUCCCGUUGUAAACUCAUCACGUGAUGGAAAAUGUUUGUACUCCAUUUGCUCUUUUUUUCCUCUUAGGAGUAGGGGGUUGGGAGAUGUCUUGGUCCUAUGGGGUUGGGACAUAUAUAGUUGGUGGCAUUAGUUGAAAGGAAUAAUAAGAGGAAAAAAAGGCUUCAAUUGUUUAUCA